AAAGACCCGGUGGUCAUUAUCUGGCAGGAAGAUCUCCUGGAGUGAUAGUAUCUUUUCCGACUCUCCGUAGCUUGAUGGACACUAAUCUCUGCAGGGUGUGAGUAGAUAUGCCCGAAGUGGAGCUGGGUGGUGGGAUGUGGAGACUAAGAAUCAGGCGAGGGGCUAUUUGCCUUUACCUCCAUGGGUGGAGGAGUGAACUAAUGCGAAGCGUCCUCCUUUGUGUUUUCAACGCAUCUUAAACUCGGGAACCCAAGAAACUAGUGAGGCGCCUUUGCAGGAAAGGCCGUUGUCCCUGAUAGUUCCAAAGCCCCUUUGAAAUGAAUAGGAAGGUGCACCCUAAAGGGCUCCACUCGGACCUCAUGGUCAUCCGAUGAAUGCUGAGACGCAGCAACGGGUGCAAGGGAGCGCUGCAGGCUUUCGUCGAGGUUCCUCUGCCCUGCAGGUGGCUACUGAUCACCUUAGCUACUUUGCAAGGCCGCCAAAGACGGGGCUCCAUCAAAUGGACGUCUGUUCCUAUCCUUGAAGAAAAGCGCAAGGGACGAUAGUUUGCUCAAGCCCCCCCCCCCGUUGAAAAAGAGUUAGAAGGGGGGCACUCCUCCCUCCCUCCCUCCCUCCUUCCCUCCCCUUCCCCGCAGGAGCCUCUUGGUUCCGGGGAGUUGGGGGGGGGGACGUUGGCUGUGGCGCCCAGGGUCUCUGAACCGGAGUCAGCUGGAGGGGGCUGAGCUCCGAGCCCCGCCGGGGCGGAACCCAGCCAAGCCCUGCCCCGCAGCACCUCCCGGGGCCUCCCUUGCAGGCCGGCUGGACCAGGAACUGCCGGCAGGAGCCAAUGAAGGGCCGGGGCUGCAUCGGCGGCACCUCCGGCUUGACGUGGGAGACGCGUCAAGUUGAGCCGAACUGAAACCGGCUGCGCCGCUUCCCUCCCGGCAGCAGACGUGGAGCUCCACGCGCGGGUGUAGUCCGGCCUCGACUCCCAACUGACCCAGGAGCGCGGCUCACCUCUCUAUGCGCCGGGCGGACGGACAUCGGCGGGCGCCACUUCUCGCCGGCCAUGGAGCAAACCUACGGCGAAGUGAACCAACUCGGCGGCGUCUUUGUCAACGGGAGGCCGCUGCCCAACGCCAUCCGCCUGCGGAUCGUGGAGCUGGCCCAGCUGGGCAUCCGACCCUGCGACAUCAGCCGGCAGCUGCGGGUGUCUCACGGCUGCGUGAGCAAGAUUUUAGCCCGCUACAACGAGACGGGCUCCAUCCUGCCCGGCGCCAUCGGCGGGAGCAAACCCCGCGUCACCACCCCCAACGUGGUGAAGCACAUCCGAGACUACAAGCAGGGCGACCCGGGGAUCUUCGCCUGGGAGAUUCGGGACCGCUUGCUGGCCGACGGCGUCUGCGACAAGUACAACGUGCCUUCGGUCAGCUCCAUUAGCCGGAUCCUGAGGAACAAGAUCGGCAGCCUUUCGCAGCCCGGCGCGCCCUACGACGCGAGUGGCGGCGGCGGCGGCAGCAAACAACCUGCCCCGCAGCCGGCCCUGCCCUACAACCACAUCUACCAGUACCCUUACCCCAGCGCCGUCUCAGCCUCCGGCACUAAGAUGGGCGGCCACGCCGGAGCGGCUCCCGUCUGCGCGGCCCACGUCAGCCUCCCCCGCUCCUGGCCUUCCGCGCACUCGGUCAGCAACAUCCUAGGCAUCCGCACCUUCAUGGAGCAAAGCGGUGUUCUAGCUGGGACAGAUGGUUCUGCCUACCCUCCCAAACUCGAAGACUGGCCAAGUGUGAAUAGAACCACCUUCCCUCCUGCUGGGCACGGUGUCAAUGCACUUGACAAAUCGGCAUCAGAAGCAGACAUUAAAUACCCCCAGCCCCCUCCAGGGCUCUCGGCUGUGAGUCCUUUCCUGUCCCCUUGUGCCUAUCCAUCAUCAAACCAACCUGGCGUUUAUGGAGGGCCAGGAGGAAGCUACUUAAGUCCAUCUCAUCACCACUGGCAGACCCAAGGUAACCCCUUGGCUCAUCACCACGGGCCUGGAGUAGCUGUUCAUGGUACAGAACUGGCUUCCACUGUGGCUUUCAAACAUCUCUCCAGAGAAGCUGGGGACAGAAAACAACAGGCCAGCGGUUCCGGGAGCAAAGCUCCAACAGACGUCCUCUCCGGCAUCCACGGACUCUCUGUUCCUGCCUCCUCGUCCUAGGAAGAGAAAGGCGGGAAACAGCGUCGGAGGCGGGAAGAUUUCGGAGGAGAUUCUCCUUUCUCCCAGAGGCCAGGUUUAAAUCGGGAGAGUUGGACCUGCAGCCUAUCCAGAGGCGCGCCGAUGGGGCGGGCUCCAUUGUCUGCCCGCGUUUUCUCACGGCUCCUUCUCGCCCAAACAAACGCGGAGGAACGGGCCCUGCGCGUUGCCUUCUCUGCGCAGGCGGGGAAAGCGCAAAAACCCAACGCGUCGGUUUACCUCUCGCCGUGGAGAAAUUGAGGAAGGACAUUUUUUCCCCCAUUUACGCAGCCGAGAGUGACCCAAGGAGACCACGCGCCAGUUGGUCAAUAUACUGGUAGUUUUUGAACAAUUAUUCAAAUUCCUUCUAAUUUAAUUGUGAAAAGUUUUCGAACUGACAUGUGAAAAGUUUCAGCAAUUGGCUGUAUAUCAUGUUAAACAAACCAAUUAACCUGAGCUGGCAAAUGAAAAGAAGGACAUUGCUCAAACUAUUAGCAUAGCCUUUCCCUUCCCUUCAUAUUUCCAAAAUGUUUUCCUUGAACAGGUUUCACAAGACUUAUGCCCGAUGUUCCACUCUGCUAAAAUCCUGUUUUGCCGGCAUAGACAUGCUGCUAACUUCUAAUGCAAAAUGGCAACUCAGUAACAAUCUUUCCUGAUUUUAUAUUUUUGUAACAAACCAAUAAAAUAUGAAUAACAAUCUC